AUGUCUGGAGGUCACAAGCAUCGUUACAAGAACGCAGGCCUCAGUGCUGACGAGCUGAGACGGCGACGUGAGGAAGAAGGUGUACAGCUCCGGAAACAGAAGAGAGAGCAACAGCUCCUUAAGAGAAGGAAUGUGAAUAUACCUGCACCUAAUGCGCCAGAUGUUGCAUUGCAGGAUGACUUAAAUGUUUCGUCAUCUGAAGACAUAACUCCACAGAUGGUGGCAGCUCUCUAUGGCGACAAUCCCUAUGACCAAGUUAUAGCAACACAGACCUUUAGGAAGCUAUUAAGCCGAGAGCCUAAUCCUCCCAUAGAUGAAGUCAUAAGGACUGGAAUUGUUCCUAAAUUUGUUGAAUUUCUUGUUAAUAGUGCUAAUCCCACAUUACAGUUCGAAGCGGCGUGGGCUUUGACGAAUAUAGCGUCGGGGUCGUCAGAGCAAACGCGCGUGGUUGUGGAAUGUGGGGCAGUCCCUGUUUUAGUGGGGCUGGUCAGUUCUGGAGCUAGUGAUGACGUCAGAGAGCAAGCUCUGUGGGCACUUGGGAAUGUGGCUGGUGAUUCCCCGAGAUGUCGUGAUACGGUACUCGCGGCUGGAUUGUUGCCGCCAUUAUUAGAAAUUUUAAAUAAGUAUUCAAGACUAUCCAUGACCAAAAACGCAGUUUGGACACUGUCAAACCUAUGUAGAGGCAAGAAUCCGCCGACGAACUUUGAAGCAGUAGCCCCUGGUAUACCAGUGUUAGCGCGACUGUUACAUCACACGGACGCAGAGGUGCUAAGCGACGCGUGUUGGGCGCUGUCAUAUCUCUCAGAUGGACCAAACGAGAAGAUCCAGGCCGUUAUUGAUGCUGGAGUCUGUAGGCGACUUGUUGAAUUACUCAUGCACAACAAGUUCACGGUGGUAUCAGCUGCUCUUCGUGCGGUUGGUAACAUCGUGACCGGAAACGAUGCGCAGACGCAAGCGGUGCUGAACUGCACCCCAUUAGCGAGCCUUCACGCGCUACUCAAGUCCAGCACUGAGACGCACAGAAAGGAGUCUUGCUGGGCCCUGUCUAACAUCACUGCGGGGAACGCGCAUCAGAUACAGGCUGUAAUAGACGCAAAUAUCUUCCCGACUCUAAUAGACAUUCUGAAGCUAGCUGAGUUCAAAACAAGGAAGGAAGCCGCGUGGGCCAUCACUAACGCCACCAGCGGCGGAACUCCUGCACAGAUUAGUCUUCUAGUGGAACAAGGCUGUAUCUCCCCUCUCUGUGACCUAUUAACCCUUACCGAUGCGAAGACAGUGCAAGUGGCCCUCAGUGGAUUAGACAAUAUCCUCAAAGCCGGUCAACAAAUGGACCUUCCCCAUAAUCCCUACGCUGUCCUCAUUGAAGAAUGCUUUGGCUUAGACAAAAUAGAAUUUUUACAAUCUCACGAGAACCUCGAUAUAUAUCAGAAGGCGUUUGAAAUGAUCGAGAAUUACUUUGGCACUGAGAAUGAGGACAGCCGGCUCGCUCCCGAAGUGUCUUCGACGACAGACCAGUUCAAUUUCACCGCGGACCAAGCGGUACCGAUGGGCGGAUACGAGUUUUAA